UCUCUCUCUCUCUCUCUCUCUCUCUCUUCCAGAAUACAUCUGUUUGUGUCAGAAUGUGACUGAAGUUUUCGCCUUUUGUCCUUGCAAGCAAGGAGGAGGAGGAGGACCCCUCUUGUGUCAGAAACAAAAUCCCAACGGCCAAUCUCAGUUCAUCCUCAAAGUUAGCUGCGUACGAGGAUUGGUUUCCACCGCCACCCUCUUCUCCUUCCUUCUUGGCCGUAACCCUAGAGAGACUUCCUUCAUCUCUCCUCGAGGGAUUUUGCAUGCCUCCAUGGCUCCUGAGGAUCCAGUGACCGUGAGUCCUCCUCCUCCUCCUCCUCCUCCUACACCUUCUCUCAAGACCAAGAUCGCUCGCCGAUUCGUCAAGUCCCUCGCAGAAGUCUGGACGUCGCGUAAACUGGCGACUGAGGGUGGUGUCCGGAAACGCGCUCGGAGGAUAAAGAUCGCUGCCUACUCGAGCAUGGCUCGUGCGGUGGGCGGAUCGAGGAGGGCUUGGAGCCGAGCCCUUCUGGCGAAGCUACAGGGCCGAGCCAAGCGGCGUUGCCAUUUGCGGAGCCAGAGAUGCUUGGGAUUGAAGAGAAAGAGAGCUGGCUCCAGAAAUAUGGUGCGGAAUGAGGUGAGCGGAUCCGACAAGCUCCGGCGGCUAGUCCCCGGUGGGAAAGCCAUGGAUCUUUGCAACUUGCUGGAGGAAACAAGCCAUUUCGUCCAGUGCCUCGCCACUCAGGUUAAGGUCAUGCAGAGUAUAGCGGAUCGGUACUCGGUUUAAGGUUGUUUUUCCUUUUGUCUUCGGAUCGGAAUCUACUGAUGGAAAGAAAAUGAAUUGCAUACAGAGAAUCCUGGUGGGUUGAUGUUGAGACAUGUGAAGGGUUCACAGUUGACAGGUUUUACUUCUCAUGUACAUAAAAAUACUUAAAUGGACACAAGGGAAGACGAAGCAUAUCACUCCUUCUGCAGAUUGAAUGAAGAGAUAGAGAGAGAUAAGAGGAAGCUAAAGCUUGACUUGUAGAAAGCAGAUGAUUAUCCA